UCUUAAAGGUAAAACCAUCGGUUCUUCUGCAGACUCGAACCCUGCUCUGAUGACAGUCCACCAUUAGUCUCGGCAUUCCCGAACAGUGGGAAAGAUCGAAUGAUCAUUAUGAAAAUCCUCUAUUAGUGCCUGACGGAAAUACUUCAAUAGGAAUGCAGUCGGCCACAGCAGACCAAGGUUAUGGUGACUCGGCGGGUUCUCCCACCAGUGGUUCAGUGGUGCAGGUGUGCUUCCCCAGCGUGCAGACCUCAGUGCUGGACAGCCUGAAUCAACAGCGGGAGGAAGGCCAUCUCUGUGACCUCUCCAUCCAUGUUCAGGGCCAGGUGUUUAAGGCCCACCGAUGUGUGCUGGCUGCUUCAUCACCUUACUUUCAUGACCAGGUGCUGCUGAAGAACAUGUCCACUGUCACCAUCCCGGCCGUCAUGGACCCCCUGGCCUUUGAGAGUGUCCUCAGUUGUGCUUACACUGGCCAGCUGCGAAUGCUUCGUGAAGACAUUGUGAACUACCUCACCGUUGGCAGUGUGCUUCAGAUGUGGCACAUUGUGGACAAAUGCACUGAGCUUCUCAAAGAAGGCAGAGGAGGUCCGAGCGGACCUCAGGGAGUAGGAGCAAAGGAGAAUGAGAGGCACAGCGGUUGUCCCAACAAGAUUGCCCAAGCAGACAGAGUAGACACCCCUUCUACACCUCAACCUCCAAGCCGGCCUUCCUUGGGUGAGAGCCAGUCUCCCAGCAGCACCAAUUACUUCAGUCCUAGAGAAGCAAACUUUGGAGGGGGCAUGGCGACAACAGGAGCAGUAGGAGAGGAUGCCGUACACUCCACUCCAACCUACUGUACCCCUUCUGGUGGGGAGGAGGGUUUUAUGAUGGAAGAGGAUGAAGAUGACGAUGAGCUUUUGUUUCCCAGGAAAAGAGAAAGAGGAGGAGGCAGUAAGCGGAAGAACACAACCUCCGUCUCUGAUCAAGAGGUUGGGGUGAGCGACAGUUUUGGAGUUUCAUCUUAUCAAGAUGGAGAUUCCUCACCACCCCAAAAGCGUCCCUCAUAUAGUCAGCCGAGCAUUAUGCCAAGGAAACAGUGGGUCGUCGUUAAAACGGAGCACUCGAGAGAUGACGAUCUGAUUGUGGUGUCCGGGGAGGAAGGAGGAGAAGAUGAAGAGGAAAGAGAGAUGGAGAAGGUAAGGGAGAGAGGCAAGACAUUCAACAUCUCCAAUGUUAGGACCCUCUCUGGACUUCGAGAAGAGACUGAAUCGGAGGCACAGGUUGACUAUUGCCAGUCCUCGGAAGACUACCUCAAGUUUGAGAGGGGUUUGACAGACCAGACGUCCUCUCAACACCCUCCAGAGAAUCCUGUUCAGUAUACCAGCAGGGCCGUUUCCACCUUACUUGGUUCAGUCCAGUCCAUGGCUUCGAGAGCUCAGAUUUACCCUCUGGAUAUGCAAGGAAACCAGAUUUUGUACAAUCAGGCUGCCCUAGAAUCUACAUCACCAAUAGGGCUUGCAGGUGGUAUGUCUGGUGUUUCCUUAAAAGGAAGCCUGGAGCACGGAGCUGUCCAUUUCCCUGCCCAAGGGGCUCUGAGUAGUGGGAUAGAUGGAUUAGAUGGUGGGGCUGGUGGUUCCGGUAAGGCCUUCAUGUGUCAUUGUGGGAAAACGUUUUCGCACAAGAGCAUGCGGGACCGCCACAUCAACAUGCACCUGGACCUUCGGCCCUUCAACUGCCCCAUCUGUGCCAAGAAGUUCAAGAUGAAGCAUCACCUAACGGAACACAUGAAGACCCACACUGGUCUGAAACCCUACGACUGCCAUGGCUGCGGGAAGAAGUUCAUGUGGCGCGACAGCUUCAUGAGGCAUCGCUCGCACUGUGAGAGACGCAACAGGGGCGCUGGUAGUUCCAACAGGAGAGUGGGGUCAGAAGGGUCCAUCAUUUCUCCACCACAUCACAUGAAGCUCCAUCCCUCAGGCAGUGAGUCCAGUCAAGGUAGUGUUGGCACACAAAGUGGGAUCCCUGUUAUUUCUCCACAGCAUUCGAUUAGCAACAGUGGGGUUUCUUGUCUCAAUAUGGGAGCACCUGGUCCUCUUCUUGGAAUCAGCUCUCAGACUGGGGUGCACGGCCGUAGUUCUGGAAUUUUGGGGAUGAGUGGCAGCCAUAGCGGCUGUGUGGAGGAAGUCUGUGAAGAUAAUGUUGAUGAAAGCAGUGUCACAUAGGCUGUUAAAGGGAUGUAUGCCUAGGUACAAGUUAAGCUCAAUGGACAGCAUUUGUGGCAUAAUGUUGGUUACCACAAAAAUAAUUCAGAGGCAACAAAAAAGAAGCAAAAGGUUAUAGUAAGGCACUUUCAAUGGAAAGGAGAAAUGAAAAAUGGUAUGGGCACAAGAUAUUAUACGCGUACAAAUCAUUUUAGUGUGAUAAAUCAGGGAUUACCAACGUUGCAGUGUUUACCAGAUCACAAGGUUUGUUAAUAUGUUGUCAUGGCAAUGAGUUGUAUUGUUAUAUAAAUGAUAUUGUAUAUAACUUUACACAGAGAAGGUUUGUAAUCGAUUUUAUUGCACUAAAACCAUGUUAACACAAAUAAUGUUAGUUUCUUUUGGCCAUACCUUGGAAACAGUGAACAUUAUAACAUUUAUCGACUGGCCCCAUUCACUUCCAUUGUAUGUGCCUCACUUUAACUGCAUGAGGGACUAGUUGGAGUUAUUUUUGUGGUAGGAAACAUUAGUGUUGUCAAAAGUACUAAAAUAAAAAAGAUGUUGCGAUACCAGUGUUUGUGCAGUAGCGGUAGUACAGGUGGAGAGGUGGUGGCGUAGUGGGCUAAAGCCCUUAACUGUUAAGCCAAAGGUUGUCGGUUCGAUCCCAACAGCCACCACCACUGUGUCCUUGAGCAAGGCACUUAACUCCGGGUUGCUCCGGGAGGAUUGUCCCUGUAAUAAGGUCUCUGUAAGUCGCUUUGGAUAAAAAGCGUCUGCCGAAUACAUAAAUGUAAAUAAAAGUACAGAGCACCAACUUAAAAACACAUCCGCUUUUAAAUGCUCAUUAAAUUUGAGCGUGUGCUCUGUUACACCUUUUACACUGAAAUGCACAAUUAAUCAAUUUAAAAUUGUGAUAUGUCCUAGUGUUAUUAUUAAACCGCAAAAUGCUGCAAUCUUGGUCUGCAUUCGAGCUGCAUGAGCUUUAAGUACGUGAAGCAGACUGCUCAUACACUGGGAACAUCACUGACAUUGAGAACCAUUGCAGUGAAUGAGAAUAAAAAAAAGAGCACGCAUCCUCUGUGAAGCACAUGUAUACUAUAUAUUUGUUUCAUUAAAUUACAGCAUUUGCGCUUUAACGAUCGAACUGUGCCAUGUAGCGAACCGUUUAUCCAUCAUAAGAAGGAAGUGAAGCUUCCAUCAAACCACACGUCAAAAUAAAAACAUGAGUGAAAUUUACUUUUUUAUUUAAAUUGAAAUUUCACUUUAAAUAGGCUAAAGUAAUGUGUUCAAUAGCACAUUACCAUAUUAGCAUAUAUUUGCGGCGGUAUCGAAACCGUGAAAUUUCACUGGUAUCUGUACCAACUACUGAAAUGUUGGUAUUGUGACAACACUAGUUAACAUUAUGCCACAAAUGCUAUCCAUUGAGCCUAACUUUUAUUGAACCUGGAAUAUUCCUUAAAGCUACAGCGUUUCAGUCUAAGACCACCACCUCUUCAAAACAAGGACACUCUUGUGACUUUUAUCAGUUUCAAAGGGACCACAUGCCCAUUUGUUUGAUCCUUUACCUCGUCUCAUGUGGUGUGUUUGGAAAUAAUAACAAUUACCAAGUGCCCAUUGCUAGCUCACCUCUGUUUGUUAUUCUUAAAGAUCUUUAAAAUCAGUGAAACCUCAUUCUUGCCAGGAAUAAGGUCAAUCAAUGUCACAUACAAGCUGCCUCACUAGCACAGGACAUUUGUUCACUGUCGCUCUAAAGUGCCAUACCGUUAAUGUACGAUUUUGAUGUACAGUGUACAUUACACUAACUCAUCUAGUCCGCCCUUGAUGUGGAGUUUUAUAGCAAUCACAUGACUAUAUAUACACAGUAUAUUCCCCCUUGAAAGUUAAUGUAUUGAUUUUAUAAAGGGAUAGUUCAACCAAAAAUGACAAUAAUGUCAUCAAUGAAUUACUGUCAUGUUUAAAACCCCCUAAAACUUGUAAAUGCUUUUAACCCCAUGUGCUUUUGAGUUCCACAGAAGACAGAAAGUCAUAGUCAGGUUUAGAACAGCAUGAUUGUAAAUUAACAGUGACUAAAUUUUUAUAUUUGUGUGAACUAUCCUUUUAAAUAACAGGUAUGUAGCUUCCUCUGCACAUUUGAGUCUCCAUUGCUUGGAUGCAGAGCAGUGCAGGGUUUUGUUGGUGGUUGGAUUGCGGAGUUAAUCAACUAAUGGUCCGUUUUAACAUUUCUCUGUAUGUACUUUUACAUAACUAUCAGGAGAGUUGCUUGGAGCCAUGGAAGGACAUGUGAGUUGUAGGAUCUUCACACAAUAGACACAAGAUUAAUGAAAACAGACCCGGUCAAGACGAGUUUAGAUCCUCAACACAAGCCCCUAGCAUCCAACUCAUCCAAUGUAGCCUACAGCUUACCAGUCGCGAUAGUUUACAGAAGUUUUCCUUCCAUGAAGGCUGCCGAGAAAUCAUUUGCCAUGUUUUUAUAAAGGUAACGAAUAGAUCGAAAGCUUGAAUAAAGUAUACAAAUGGCAAGUGAAAUUGGAGUGAAUGUGUGGAACUGAGUUAGCUGCCAGUUAAAGGGAUAAUUCAUAGAAACAAUGUAUUUGUUUCAUUUUUGGGUAGAUGCAGCAUCACGCAAGAACAGAAGUUCUCGGUUACCAGUGUUAUUGUAAAAAUAGGCUAUUUACAGUCAGUCAUGGUUAAUUUAUUUUAAUUUAAGCGAUAGUGUUAAAUUAGGGAAUUAUUGAGAAAAAGCAAGUAUUAAUCGACUGGUCAUGAUCUCAUACAUUUUCGACCUGAGCCAUUUUUUUUUUCUCUAAAACUUUAAACAUAUCUUUUCGUUUUUCUUUAAAAGUUUCGCAAUUAGCAAAAAUAUCUCUUGAGUGCACCUUUAAGUGAUCUGUAGAUGUACUGAUGCAUAAAUGCAGUGAUGCAUUGCUGAAUUGUAUUAUGGAUGAAUAUGUUGACUAUAAAAACCAGAUACCUCAAACUUUAACGCAAAUAUUCAGUAUCUUAGCAGAAAUAAACGGGCAUCUGAAGAGUGUGGACCAGAAUGAAUCGCGCACAUUCCUUGGACUUCAAUAUCAAACGUAUUUUAGUUUAUUGAGAAAAGCUGAAGUGAGCAAAGUGCUGUUAAGAACAUGUAAAAUAUUAUUUAAUAUUUUCAUGACCAGCUGGUAAAAGCAUCAAUGCUUGCUUAUGGAGUAAUCUGGUUAGACAUAUCUGUAUUUUGUACUGCUAGAAAUUACAACUGUUGUGAUGAAUCUGAUCUUCUAGAGAACAUGUUAACUGAAGUACACAAACUAUUGUGUAAAUAUGUGACAGGCAGUAACAAAAUAAGCAGAUUUCCUGUUGUCUGAUAUCAGUGGAGUACAUCAAUGAUUUCAUAAGAUUCUUCAUUUCAAAUAAGAAAUAAAGUGACUCG